CUGUGGUCAACAGAUACAGACACAUUGGGUUGCUUCUUAUCACAAACGAAAAUUAUUCAAAUAGACGAAAAUAAUUAAGCAAUUUUGCGUGUUUUUGCAAAUUGUGCGCAAUUAACAAAUUUUAGUUAUAAGUGCGAAUGAGGGCCGUGGUAUUUUUUUGGCUCCUGCUGGCUCUGAACAGUGGGAGCGCCCAUUAUAGCGGCGGGUCCAAUGUCGUUUACCACACACUGCCACAUUUCUGGACGGGCGUGGGCUUUUGUCCGGCCGGCCGCAUAAACCACAAGGAUAUCAGCGAAACGCUGGCAUCUCCGGCCGUGCAAAUGAAUCUCAGGCAGAUAUCGGCCCUGCCCAAAGGGGCCGUCACACACAUACGCAUACAUUGGUUGCUGGAGUUGGUCGAGUUCCUGCAAUAUUCGGCUGCGGGUGUACCCAUCUAUGACUUUAGUAAGUUUGACGACUUUGUGGACAAUCUGCAGGAACUGCAAUUGGCGCCUGUUCUGGAGUUUAUGGCCAACCCUGGUGAUGUUUUCCUGCAGAACCCAAAUAGGAAUUCAUUUUUAUGGGAGCAUUUCGCCAAGACAACUGUGAGGCAUUUUCUCGCACGUCACGGGGCAGCUCGUAUGUCCAAUUGGCGGUUCGAGACCUGGAACGAGCCGGAUAUACAUAACUAUAAUCGUCUGAAUUUCACGGCCGCCACCUAUAUGGAGUAUGUGCGGGCUAUACGACGGGGCCUAAGCAACGCCACAGGUCAUCGACGUCGUCGUAAGAAACAGAACUAUAGAGCAUUACGCGGACCCGCGGGUCUCUUCAAGUCCCAUGAGCAUCAUCCAUUGUGCUGGCAGUUAUUGGAUGUUUGCAAUCGACAAUUGUCGCAAUGUCCCAUAGAUAUAUUGACGUUUCAUCGCAAGGGCCAUGGUGAGGCAGCGGAAAUUCUUAAUGGCACGAUGGAGCUGUUACAGGAAAUAUACCAACAGUACCCGAAUUUGAGAAAACUGCCAGUGGCUAAUGACGAAGCUGAUCCGGAGUCGAAUUGGAGCACACCACGCGACUACCAGGCCGAUGUGCGCUACGCUGUGAUACUGUUGUCCACAGUAUUGGAGCACUGGCGAGCUAAGCUGGCUGUGAACGGCGUGCUCUCGAAAUUGGAGUCACUUAGUCACGAUAAUGCCUUUCUCAGCUACCAUCCCCAUGAGUUUAGUCAACGCACACUGCUGGCCCAUUUCCGGUUUAAUGAGACUCAACCACCGCAUUCGCAAUUCGUGCAGAAACCCGUCUACGCUGCUCUGGGAAUGCUCUCCAAGUUGGGCAAUAAGGCAGCUGAUGUCGAAUUGGUGAACAUGGAUCAGGAGCACAGCGUGCAAGUGCUGAGAAGUGUUUCCGGCAGCGGACCAUCAGCGUAUAUAGCAGCUAUAUUCGUGAGUCCGGAGCAGGCGGGUCCGCAGCUAACGUCCUACCAUCACAAAUAUACGCUGAAUAUGUCCAUUGCGAAUGAGUCGGCCUUCAUUACGGAGCUGUUGGUGCCACAAACUACGGAUCCCUUCUACAUUUGGCAACAGAAUGGCAGCCCAGCGUAUCCAAACGCAACGUUGCGAGCGGCCAUGAGACGCGCUCAGACCCCACGUCUCUACGAGACUGGUCCCAUUUGGGAGUACAAUAGUGAGUUGGUCCUGAAUUCGGCUAGCUUGCCACUACCCUGGGCCAUGCUCUUACGGGUGUGCUCCGGCAGUUGGCCCAAGCUGAAGCAACCCAAGAAUUUAGAGAUUGUGGAAGUUACGAAAGGUGAAGUAUUUCUCAGCUGGCGGGAGAAUUCAAAAUCGACACAGUGCCUGAAGACCUACGAGGUAUGGUUUCGGGAACGUAUUGGAGCGCAUUGGCAAUACAUAUCAAAGGGCUGGCAUUUACCAUAUCCAUCGUUUCAAUAUGCGCCCGCUGAAGGAUUCAGCGUCAACGGGUUCUAUAAGGUUCGGGGCGUGGAUCUCUUCAGUGCAACCAGUGCUUAUUCAGAGAUUGUGGAAUAUUUGGAAAUGUAAUUUAAUAAUUACUUAACAAGACAUCUACUUUAUAUGUAUGUAUAGAGUUUAUAAACAUAUCGCCGGCCAUAUAGCUGCCGGGUGUUGUAUACUCGUAGAUCAGAUUAGGCUAAUAGCCUCCAUAUGGAAAAAUGCAGGAAAACUAAGUUUAAAAUCGAUUAUAAUUUCUAUAAUUGUGACA